AUUUGUUUAAUUAAUUACGUCAUGGUCUAGAACGGCUAUUUAAAGGAUCUAGCACAAAGAUAUUAAAAUCAUAAUUGUGAAAAGGACAGAGAAGGAUACUUAAACAUAUCGUUGAAUUUUAUUGAGAAAAAAACACAUAUAUUUUAGGUAUCAUUGAGUUGACUGGCAAUCAUGGGAAACGACAACUUGUCUAUUGUGAGCUUUAACAGCUCUAGAAAAGGUCUUCAAACGUUAUCAUCUGAGCAACGACCAACAUACUUGCAGAGAUUAUUUCAAAGUUCGAGCGCGAAGCCGGACAUAUGCUUCCUUCCUGGAGACGACAAAUAUGCGAAACUUAACGCUAUAAGUGGUUAUGGUCAGUUCACUAUUCCAAAUUCAGAUGAUACCGUCGUUCUUUUUGACGUCAACAGGGUAAAAAUGGAGAAACCAAAAGUCAGUUUAAAUUCUUUUGGAGUUUUGCCUGGCUUAGAUUUCGAUAAACUCGUGGUUCCCCAAGUAGAAGUAUCUACCCUCCAGCCGUACAAGCGAGUGGUGAAGGAAUUCUCGAUGAUCUCCUGGAAAUAUGGUUACUUCCACUCAACCUGUAUUAGUGUUGAAACCCUUAUGGAAAGUUUAAUUACAUUUUCACAGAGACUUGCAAUCACAACAGGGAAACCAGUUUUGAUUGGUGGAGAAAUGAACAUCGAGUAUAGUUCUUUGGUGAAAAUAGUGAAAAAACUGUCAACAGAUCAACAAGAAGAGUUUCUAACAAAUAUGCAACCAGUGAUGAGUGAGCAGGGCUUUCUCCCUUCCAUGACAAAGUCUUCCCUCAAAGAUAUACGUCAUUUGUUCAUGAUGAAUGUAUUCAAAUGCAAAUCAAACAGUUCAAAUGGCGUUAUUAGAACGUGGGAAGACAGGCAAAGGUCCGAAGUUGUACCAGACUGUUUUAUUGCCUCCAAACACCUUAAGCUCGCUGAAGCUUCACUACUGGAUGUCGAAGAGGUCACAGGACGCCAAAUUUGCAUGCCGUUAUUACAAAAGCAUAAGCCGACUCAGACAUCAAUGGAAAUUCCCGUGAGACCCCCAAAACAUCAUGGCGGUUAGAAAAAACAACAGUCCUCAUCAUUCAUCAACUUACAUGAAAAGUGCAAAUAAAAAUUACCCUAGAAACAUCACCUUGAAACUGAGAGGUGUUGUUUGGUCAUUAUUGUGUUAUAUGACUGAUAAAAUGUGUUGGUUGGAGGUAGAUUUACAAACACAAUUUUAUAAUUACAAUUAUAAAGAAAAAUAAAGUGCUUUAAACUUACAAGAAGCGGCAUAUUGUUUGAUAAAAUGAACCUGAAUUUUAUUUGAUAACUGAAGCAGCCUUUGUUUGGUCAUUGGUAUGUUUACUGACAGAAGGCAAAACAAGAAAUUGAAAAAAAUAUGUGACGAUGUCUAUGUAAGUGUGCAAUAAAUUGAUUAUGUAUAGUUUAUUAUGCUGAUUUGUAAAUACAUGUAUAUGUAUAUACAUGAAUGAGACUGAAAUAAAUAAAUACAUCUGACGAUA